CAUGGACCUACAUCAUAAAUGGACCCUGGCGCGUGACCUCGCCGCCGGGCCGCGACCGCUGGUUCCGUGACGGGCUGCCGCCGGGCGCGACCCCCCGCGCUCCCGCCAUGGCCGAGCUCCCGCCGUUGGAGACGCGGUGCCCUCCCGUGGACCCUUGCGACGAGGAGGCUGCCAACGAGGAGCUGCGCCAGAGGCUCUGCAAGGAGCUGGACCACAUGGAGAAGGAGCAGCCGCUGCGCGGGACCCCGCACUACCGGGGCCACAUCGGCGCGUCCCCCGGGUGGGCGCCUCGCGGGCCACAUCGGCGCGAACAAGCCGGCGUCGCGACGGACGGCCGCGCCAAGUGUGCCGAGGCGACGUGCCGCGCCAAGCUCGUGCCCGGCACGCCGCGCCUGGGCAAGGUGCCGCCGUCGCUGCGCCACGGCCACAACUUGAAGACGAAGUGGUACCACAUCGACUGCAUGUUCGUCAACUUCACGCGCGCGUCGCGCAAGUCGAAGACGAUCACGGACCUCGCCGACGUCGAGCAUCUGGACAGCCUGAGCGCGCCGGACCGCCGCCGCGUCGCCGAGCUGAUCGACGCGCACGUCGCGGAGCGCGCGGCGGAAUCGGGCCGGUCGCCGUCGCCGUCGCCGCGGUCCUCGCCGCCGGCGGACCCGGGCAACCUCGUCGAGCGCUGCCGCGCGCUCCUCGGCGACGGCGGCCGCGGGCCCCGCGUGUCCCUGACGAACGGCCGCGGCGAGACCUUCGACGUCGCCGCGGGCGUCUUCGCGAGCCGGAAGCGGCCGCGGCCGCGCCGAUCCGCGCCGGGCCUCGCCUGCUGGUGCCACGCGCGCUGCUCCGGCGCGCUCGACGCGCCGCGCCGCGUCGGCGGCGGCCGCCGGGGCCCGGCCGACGCCUGGCUCUGCGGCGCCUGCGAGGCCGCGGUCCACGGCGCGAACGCCGCCGAGGCCGUCGCCCGCGAGGCGCUCGCCGCCGCCGUCGACGCCGUGGACCGCGACCACGGCGCCGCGGCCGCGUCGUCGGGCUCCGACGACGGCGCCGCGCCGCGGUCCUUCGGCGCGCGGGGCCGCGAGUACCCCGCGCGGACGCGGCGCGUCCCGCGGCGUCGAGGAGGUUGUGAGUUCGCGGAGCGACGGUUCGAAAAUAGGCGCAAGGCGCGGAAGCUCCGCGACGCGUCCGACGACGACGGCUCGCCGCCGCCGCCGAAGCGGUCCCGCGCGUCCUCGUCGGCCUCGGUCUGGUCCGACGACGCGCUCUCGGACGCGGUCCGCGUGCGCAUCUCGCCGGCGGUCGCGCGGUCCGUCGCGGAGCACGCGCGGCCCCGGCCGAGCCGCCAGGCGCUCGACGCGGGCAAGAUCACGUCCAUCCUGUCCAGCCUCGCGUCCGGCGACGAGGUCAAGCGCCGCCGCCGGCGCGCGACGGCGACCGAGGACCGCGAGUCCGCCGUCGCGGCGAACGCGCUCCUCGAGAUCUUCGGCGCCGCGCGCGCCCAGCGCAAGCGCGGCGGCUGGAAUUCCAUGCUGCGGCGCAUCGUCGCGGCGUGCCUCGUGCACGCGACGCUGUCGUUCGUCGCGCCGCUGCCGCGCGCCGCGGCCCCGGCGACGCGCCGCUCGCCGACCCGACGGUUACGGUGGGCGCCGCCGCCGCGACGGCCGCCGCCGCGGCUUCGCGCCGUCGCGCUCUGCGCCAUGUACAGCCCGUCCAUCGCGGACCAGCUGCAGCUCCUCGUGCGCCUCGCCGUCGCGGGCGUCGCGGGCGCGGCGCUCGGGUUCGAGCGGCGGGCGACGCGCAAGGCGUCGUCGCCCGUGGGCGUGCGCACGAUGACCCUCGUGUCCAUGGGCAGCGCGCUCUUCACGGUCGCGGGCCUCGUCGUGCCCCAGGGCGACCUGGGCCGCGUCGCCGCGGCGGCCGCGACGGGCGUCGGGUUUCUGGGCGCGGGCGUGAUCACGGUCCAGCGCGACGGCCGGUCCGUCGGCGGCCUGACGACGGCCGCGACGAUCUGGUACGCGGCGGCCCUGGGCGUGGCCGCGGGCACGGGCCUCUGCUUCCUCGUCGCGCUGUCGACGGCGAUCGCGACGCUCGUGCUCCGCGUGCCCCGGCGGCUGGUGCUCCGCGGCCGGCCGGGCCGGCUCCCGCGCUUGGCGAGCCUGCCGUCCGAGGACGCGGACGAGGACUCGGACAUGGCGGAGAUGGCGAGCUAGUGUUGGGUUAGUAAAAGUCUCUAGUU